AUGUUUGGCGCAUUCCAAGGUUCAUUAGUAAGGUGUGGAGGAUAUCUUUGGAAGAAAGCUCCUAGAUUAUCCCCACCCCAAAAAUACAGAUUAAGAAAGAGAAUGUCACUUGUCGAUGAAAAUGCUGAUGCCAUAUAUAGAGGAUUAAUCCAAGCGCAAGGGAAAGCUAUCGGAGAACCUAGUGGAUUUAGAAAAGUUGAUUAUUUGAAGUUUGAAAUGCCAAAGGAAAAUGAGAUGUUACCUAAGGAUAAAUACACUGCUUUUAAUAAACAUGCGAAGAAUUAUAGAAAGAAACUUCACUUGUUCCCUAAAUGGACCAAGACUUCUUUCAGAGAGAAUCCAGAACAUUUUUAG